UGAGUGCAGUUCAACUCACCCGCCUGACGUUCCGCUCGACGCCCAGGAAGAGAAACAGCUGCAUAUCGCCACAAGUUUAAAGAUGUCGACUCAUUUGUUGUUUUAACAUGUAUUCGGUCGUGUAUUUGUUCCUGUGGUGUUAUUGAGGGUAAUAAUGCUGGAUGGUUGGUCUAAUGAAGUUCAGUUUGGAUUUCGGCCGGUUACUGGGGCUCAGCGGCUCCAGUGAUGAAAGGCCAGAGGAGAUGGACACCGGUGCUCUCCCCGGGCAGAAUGACCACAUGCUGACACAGGAUGUCUUAAAUGGUGAGGAGGGUCUUAGCGAGGAAGAGAAGGCCAGACGGAAAGCAGAGAGACGCAAAGCCAAGAGGAAGCGUCAACGGCAGCGGAAGAAACUAGAACGGGUUAAAAAGGAUGAAAGUACUGAACAGGAGGAGGAUGAGAACGCUGGAGCUGAUUCUGAACUCGACGAGUCUGAGGAGUCUGAGCCAGAGGAGGUGGACGAUAUUAGCCUUUCAAAGGUGGAAGAGAAGCCAGUCGCUCCUCCUAGUAAAAGUCUUUCUGAACCUCCGCUGGCUUCAGGGAACAAAAGCAACCGGCAGCCGACGGCGCGUUCUAGUGAGGAGGACCCAGGGUGGGAUGUGAACAGUGCUUUUGUCGCCAAUGCUGUCAAUCACAUUCGACCCAAAGCUAAAAGUAAAGGAGCUCACAAAUCGAAAGAGAACAAGGAAAAUGAGAGCAGGACUGGAGAACAGGUCAUUGGCUUAUCAGAUGCUAAAACUAAAAGAAGUGCCUUACUAGUAGAAAAAGGGAUUCGAUUCGUUCAGGAGGGCCAGUACGCAGAAGCCGUUAGUCUGUUUACAGAGGCCAUCAAAUGUGACCCGAAAGAUCACAGGUUUUUUGGGAAUCGCUCCUACUGCUACUGUUGCCUAGAGCAGUAUACUCUGGCCCUCGCAGAUGCUGAGAAGUCGAUCCACAUGGCUCCUGAUUGGCCCAAAGGCUAUUACCGUAGGGGAAGUGCACUUAUGGGGCUUAAGAGGUACAGUGAAGCUGAGAAAGCCAUGGAACAGGUGCUAAAACUAGAUCAAGAUUGUGAAGAAGCCGUCAAUGACCUCUUGUACUCUAAAGUGCAACAACUUACGGAUCUUGGAUAUGAUGAGGAGCAGAGUAUUCAGUUGCUGGAAAAAUACAAUACAGUGCAGGCUGUUGUUGCAGCAAAGGCUUCAAAUCAGGACUGUGCUCUCCUCCUGCCGGGUCCUUGUAAUUCCCUGUGGGUGGGCAACGUGACCACAGAACUGACAGAGAAACAUCUGCGGGACCUGUUCAAAUCUUACGGAGAAAUUGACAGCAUUCGGGUUCUGCAUGAACGUUUCUGUGCAUUUGUUAACUUUAAGAAUGCCAACAUGGCCUCCCGUGCAAUGGAGAACCUCAAUGGACAUUUUAUUGAGAAUACCCGGCUAGUGGUUAGAUAUCCAGAUCGACGGAUUCAGAAAGUCCUCCCGACACCUACCAUUCAACAACCUGCAGGGGCUACUGGGCCAAGACGCAGAGGUCCUGUCAACGGAGAUGAGUGUUACUUCUGGAGGACCACCGGCUGUCAUUUUGGAGAUAGGUGUCGCUACAAGCACAUUCCCGAUCAUCGAGGCAAAGACUGGCAACCUUGAGUCAACACUAGCCUCUCUUCCUCUCCCUAAGAACUCUGGGAGUUGACUGCAUGACUGUAGGGACUCUAAUCUUCACUUUGAUUAUCUGUAGGAUUGUGGAUCAGCAUUUUACGAACGCUCUCUUGAGGCCAGAGUGAUUCGAACCUCACUGGAUUUCAAAGCAGACGGGACUAUGGGAAAAGUGUCUCUUUUGAGGUGAGGUUUGGGUGGUGCAGAGUGCCAGAGAUCCGCUGCACCGCAUCACCGUCUGCUGAGGUUUCUCUUCUCUCUUCCUGUGCCAACACCACCAACCCCAAAGAAGAGCCGUAGAUCUGGUCUGACAUUUUGAGUUCAUCCUGAGAGAAUUGACCGUCACACUGCAUUUGAGGUCACAAACCCCUCAAAAUGAGGAGAAUCGUACCAAAGAAUAAUACUAUGCCAUAUGUGGAUUUAACGUUGAGAGAAAGAGCGGGAGAGAGAAGGGCAUUCAAGGGAAAUUAGUUUUGCGUGUGUGUUUUGAUUUGAUUCCACCACCUCAAACACACUCUAGCUGUUCAUUCGUCAUGUUUGUAGUCAUUUCUGAUUGGACUAAAGAUGUUUUCCCGGAUUCUUCUCUCAAAACGGCCCUAAAUUCAAGACCUGUGAGGGCAUAUCAGUAUUGCAAUUUUUUUUGAAUCUUUCACAAACUUUUCAGUUCUCCUUUUUGUUUUUCUUGCAGUCUUGCACUUUACUAUGGUGGAUGUUGUCCCCCCUCCCCAAGAGUAGAUGUUUGAGUAGAGUCAGUCACGUUGCUAAAGUAUUGACGAUUUGUGGUAUUUUCUGAUGGUGUGUCAUCGUCAUAUAGAUAUUAUUUGCAUUUAUCUAUAAAUGUGUACAUGGUUUUACAUUCAUGUGAUCACGAACGCCGGUUUCAGUUGUAGAUUGUGUCAUGCUGCUCCACACAAUGCAGAAAAUCAUGUGGUUUUCUGUGUAUAUUAUGCAAGAGCUCUGAGACACAGGAAACUCUUGCCUUGGAUUUGGCACUUUUCAUGCCGUCAGCUGAAAGUUGAUCGGACAGUUUUCAUCAUUUCCUCUUUUUUUAAUUUUACGUUUUUGCUCUUGGUUCAGUGGAAGAGAAGGAAGUUGGCUAUUUGAGACGGUUCGUCAUGUCUUCCACCUCAUGACAUUUUCUUGUAGAACAGCCUGCACAUUUCUGUUUAUAAUAUUAUUAUAAGUAUGAUAAUGAUUUCAUCAAGCAAUAUUCUCGUUGCAAUGCAUUUGUAAACUCGUAUGACCUCCUUGUGCUGUUCUGACACACUUAACCAAAGAAACACUAAUGUUUACCUAGUGGACCCCAGACAAACACAUCUGCUACCUUUGUACAUUACUCUAUUUAGGACUUUUUCCUCAGUUUUAAGUUAAGACUGUUUAGGCUUUUAUGCAGUCUGUAGUCACACUAGUGCUGUAUUGGGCUUUAAACGUCAUUACUUUUGGUACCUUGACAGUCCAGAGUGCCUUAAAAGCAUUUGCUUUCUUAUCAGACGGGUUAUUUUAGCAUUAAUAUUUAAGCGGAGGUCCCCCAUUAACAAAAAGUCAUGUUUUUAUUUCAUUUUUAGGCUGUGAAAUGGGGGACAAACUGAAUAAUAGCGAAGUUACGUGUGUGUGUGUGUCGCAUGUUGAUUUGGGGUUGAAGAUUACAGCUGUGGUUGUCAUUUAUUCUUGUUUUUAUUUUAGUUUUAAUACCUUGUUUAAAUGAAUUUGCCUGGCAGUCACAAUUCCUCAUUUUUGUGCUGCUCAAAGAGCAGUUAAUAACUCAGUCGUGCGUUAAAGGACAUUUAUCACUCAAAUAGAGGAUUUUCUGUCAUUUUGCUUGAUUUGAGUUUUGCUGAUCUUCACAUUCUCUUCGGUCCUAUUUUUAAGUCACACUCAUGCUCCAUAUUCUAAUCAUGUUUUCUUUUUACCCCUAUUUAGCAUGGCAAUGGAAAGAAAGGUAUUGUAAUAAAUGUAUUGAAAGCUGA